AUGAGUCGAGAGUCCAGCUCGAAGCAUCUCGAAGAGAGUCAAGCAUUCGCUUCCUGUCUCCAAGCUACGACCCGAGAUGCGAACGAACGGGGUUAUCAGAAGCGAAUGCAGAUCGUCAACACAGCAGAGGUCGCGGAGGUCGUCGAGGUUGUCGAGGUCGCGGAUGGCGUGGCGAUCGUGGAGGUCAGUUUGUACGUAGAAAACUCAAGGAGUGCGCGCUAUCUGCGUUCGAAGAUGAGUCGAAAGGUCGUGCGAUACAGUAAGGCAGAUAUGGGUGACAAACACCCGUAG